AUGGAAAGCCGGCCGCGAAGCUCAUCCGCCUCACAGGCGCGCAGGAGUAAGGUAUCCCGCCUCGAGGCGUGCGCGAUUUGCCGCCAGAAUGCCUCCUCGACGGCCAUAAUCCCCCCGCGCAAGACCCCCUCCGCCUCCUCCAACUUGCUGGAGAAGAGCGCGCGCGCUAAACUAAAGUACAUCGUGAGUGCCUUGUGGUGCAUUUCUUUGAUCCAGCUAUGGUGUGCAUUCACUAUAAGGGCGCGUGAUUGCUCUUCCAGCGCCAGUGUUUGCCAACGGCUGCGUAGCUCUGAGUGCAAAACGCGCUCCGACAAGAUGCUAAAACGUUCGUGCAUCUCAGCACUCGCGAUCGAACGACGUCCGAGGAGCUCCUGCUCAAAUAACGAGGACGCCGCAUCGAUAAUCAUGCAAUCAUAA